CUCAUCAAUGGCUGGAUGUGGACUUUUCUUAAUAAGAAAACUGAAAUCUUGAGUUGAGUUGACCAGUCUGUGUUUUGACAUUCAACAUGGAAACGGACCACGAGAGUGGAUAUUUAUAUAAUCAACAAGGACUGGGGUUUAUGAGUGGAGUAUCGCAUAUCAGCGAUUCCCUCCCGUCAUCAAUCAUUUCCGAGGCAAACAUGCGGUAUUGUCAGUCCUACAACAAUAUGCACCCACUUCAAGAAGGGGUUGAGGGUCUUGGCAGCACCCAUGGGCUACCAGACGGGCCUUGUAUCGCGGGAAAGAUACCAGAGUUCGCUUGGAUGAAGGAGAAGAAAAAUGUCCGGAAAAAUACAGGGAGCUCAUCGAAUGAUCCAGGGUUCAGCCCAAACUCCGUCGGCAGUAACGGCAACUCCAGCACGUCGAGGAGGCUGCGGACGGCGUAUACGAACACCCAACUGUUGGAACUCGAGAAGGAAUUUCACUUCAACAAGUAUCUUUGCAGGCCGCGAAGGAUCGAGAUAGCAGCUUCACUCGACCUUACAGAGCGACAAGUCAAAGUCUGGUUUCAGAACAGACGGAUGAAGUACAAACGUCAGACUCAGUCCCAGCGACAGAAAGCGGAGUAUGAUAUCAAAAACGUUGGCAGUCGUGUGGAUCGGGAGAUUGGGAGUCCAGGAUCUCUGGGAGAUAGCAACGAUAGGCUGGAUGAUAAAGACGGCAUGGAGUCCGAUUCGGACCGCAGCGAGAUAAAGGAAAUUGCUGAAGCAGACGGCUUUAAGCGAGAAGCCAGGAACGGCUUUCAAUUGAAAGACAAUGUCUUUGCUCACAAUGAAAGCUCGUUGAUGUGUAAAGAUUCGUUUUUAAAGAGACAAUGCUCAGUGAACUCGCACUCCCAAACGAAAACGGAGCCCAUUGAACCGGAAGUGAAAGAGAAUGGCGAUCGGCAGACGACAAGUCCGCAGACGACAAGAAGUUUGAGUUCAUCGGCAGACUCUGGACUCUGCUCACCAGACAGUCUGCGCAGCGCUACAAGUCCGGCUUUGUCCACUGGUAGUGUCCCUCAGCAGAUACAAGCUUCAAUCUCCCCAAACCAAACUCAUCAGCGAGUUCCCUCACAAGACGUCAAAGGGUCAUCUCCAAGCCCAGGCGAACAACCUGGAUUGCAUAAUCCGUUUGCAGCCCACAAAUCAGAACAGGACGGAUACCCCACAGACGUUGCCGUCUCUCACGGCGCAGUCAUGAACGACGCAGCCUCUCUGCAAGGAGACUACCCAACGACAAAGCCAAGAUUUGAGGUCAGCAAUCCUUUUACUCAAGGUCAGCCUCAAUGUCCAUCAGGGUAUUCUGCAGUGAAUGUGUGUACCCAAGACCCGCGGUAUCAGGUAUCCGAUCAGAUCGCGUAUCAGCGACAGGCUUCUAAUUCGAAACAGUUUAGUCCGAACACAUUGACCGGCUUUCCCGGUCAGCGAUACCCCGGAUUUGGUCACGGUGACUGUGGUAGCGCCGAUACCCCCCGAGGGACGGAGGGAGCAGCCCCGGGGAUGCCACCCCCUCCUCAGUACCCGAUACCUCAAGGACAAGGUCAAACCUCCGACCGCCCUACUCGGGAUGCUCAGCCCACAUUCCCAUACAGACCCAGAAACAACAGCGAAGCAGGCUUUACCCAAAACGGCUUCAAAGAUGACAAUUUGAAUUACCACUAUCAAUACGAGGUGAAUUUUGCCGCACGGGGAAGUUUGAAUAGGCAGAGUCAAGCGUCAAGCAUGGGCUACAGUAAUGGGUUCUACGCUAGAAGCGCGAGUAAUAGAACUGGCAAUCUGAAUUAUAAUGCCGGCUAUGGCGAGAAAUCGACUGCAUAUCCCCAGCAGAAUUCUUCAAUAGACUCACAUUCAGCCAAUACGCUUUAUGAUAGUGAUUACAUGGCGAGCUACCCGUCAGCUGCCAAUCAGCCGAGUGAGCAGAGGCCUCAUCUGCAAUCGACACAGAUGUAUGCCAAUUUCACCCCAGCAUGCAAUGUACAAGAGUACCAAAGCAGCAGCUCCUGUAACGCACAGGCCCCGAACAUGUGUAACGGAUACAUGGACAAUUAUAACUCCGAAAUAAACAAUCCCUUUAAUGACUUUUACAACCAGGCCCAAGAAUUCCAUAUGAUAAACUUGUGAAACCGACGUUGUAAUUGACACCAUCGUCAAUUUGACAGAUGUGUGGUAAAUCAUCCAAGAACUGAAGUCGAAGCUGAUCUUUACAAGGGGUUGUGCAUUUCAAUGGUAUAUCGUUCAUUUGCUUGUGAGUGAUCUAUUUUGUCUUGUAAAACGGGUAAAGUUGUGAAAGUCUUGUCCUGGUAGCUCGGUAUAUAUCAUAUUCAUUUCGCAAUUGAUUACAUUUCAACAUGUUUAUACCUAUGUAACUUUCAUCCCAGGAUGUAGAAUGAUUGACACAUCGCUCCCCGCUGCGCUUCCAAGCGUUUGCACAUGUCUUUUCUUUUCAUAGAUCAACAUUGUUGAUUGUCAUUUUUUCCAACUCUUAGCAAAAGAGGUAUUCUUUUCUGUGUCACGUUUAUUAAAAGAAAAUCAGCGCAGCAAACUGUUGCACAGCUGAAUUGAACAUUGACUUAAUUCCAUUGUUCAUGUUUUGUAGUAGUAGAAGUAUUAAAAUUAUGUAAAAUACAUUUUAAUGCAUAUAUACCAGAAAUAUUAUUGAACAUAUUAUGCACGAAGUGCGCAUAUAGUAAUAAGAACUAUUUGUUAAAAUAUUCGAUGAAAUCGGCGAAGCGUUUUGGUUUGAAAAACCUUUGUAUAGAUGAGAUCAAUACCUUGUUAUUUAAACAGUCACGUGGGGAGUUUUAAUCUCUUGAUCUGAGAAAUUCAUGGACAUAUUAAUUUGAUUGUAUAUAUUUCGUUCAAAGAAAAAGGAAUGAACAAAACGCCAUUAUGGACAAAGGUAUAUUCUUCACAGUCAUUUGAUGACGUUAUUUAUAACUGUUAUAAUACUCUACCAACAUUCAUCAACACCAGAAUCCUCACAACGAGAUUUCUCAUUUAUCAUAUUAGAGCCACGAAACGAUAUUACAAUUUCGUUGCAAUAUUUUUGAAGUUUUGAAUUUAUUCAAUUAUUUGUUCGUGUACAGCACCACAUACUUUGAUAUACGAUGAAAUACGCACUUGUACAUGUCACCUGUUUCGUGUCAAUGAAUCUCAUAUGUACAAAAAAGGCAGCAGAUGAUAAAUAUCAUGUCGACGUCAAUUUGCUAUCAGAAACCCUAGUCAUGUCAUAGUUUGUCUAAACUUUUCAAAGGUUAAAAUUAACGAAAAUUUCAAAAUAUCCGGGUAACAAGAAUAUUAAUAAUUGUAAAAAAUUAGGAUGUUACUUAAUGCUUAUGAAUAUGUAAACAUUAGUAUAUACUACUGUAAUUGUUUAAUAUUUUAACAUGUGAUCAAUAAUUCAUUUUGUUUGUAUUUGGGGGUAAGGUGUUUUAUUGGUAGCGGUUUGGAUCUAAAUACGUCUCAAUAUUUAUAUUCAACCAUUGAAAGGUUUAUGACUUAAUUCGCUGUUAUAUUUCGCUCACCUGCACAUGAAGUGUCUUUCAUAUGUCAAACUGUUGUUUAGUGGCGAUUUCCCAUUCCUUAUUUAUUGUGAAACAACGAGAAAUAAAAACAUUUGUGAU